GUCGGGGUCUAUCCGCCAUUGAGACACACGAUCUCAGAUGGAAAUGGGUCAGAGGCAGUGACACAGACGACACUCACGUUUCUUCAGUCCUCGUGCUCGUAAGUUUGACGGUGACCGUUUUUUAAGCAGAACGUCUUUUUACAGUCUGUUCACAGUGGUGUUCUCCCGUCCCCGAAAGGCGUUGAUGGACCCGCACAGGAUAUUUUAGUCGCUGUCUAGGGCGAGCGAGCGAGCGUGUGUUCCCGUUAGUGGGUUAACGUGAAGUGAACCGAGCCUGGCUCUGCUCCGGGGGCAAGUGUGCCUGCAGCAGCUCAGCGUUUGAUGGAUCCGAGAAUCGCCUGGUUUCAGCCAGAACAGCGCGGACCGGCCAACAACCUGUGGAUGCACAUCUGGGACACGACACAGACCCUGGGAAACCUCUACUUUAACAACAACUGCAACACAGCCAGCGCCAAACUGACGACCAACGGCGACGGUGCGUCGAACAACGCGGCCGACAGCAGCAGCGGCAGACCCAAGGACCAACAGGGCAUGUCUGGGUCCAAACCCGACAGCGAGGUCUCCGAACAACAGGACUUCAUCCCUCUGGAAGCAUUUAACAACAUUAACAGCAGCAGGCCGGGCAGGGUAGUCGGCGGAGGGGGGCAAGUGGGUGGCAGCGGGGUCGCAGGAGUAGGAAACGAGUUACCAAGCAAGAGGAAAAGAGACAACAAGGCGAGCACCUACGGCUUUAACCGGAGUCUGCUGCUGACGGACGGGGCGGAGGACGGCUACGCGGGCACUCCGUGGAAGAGCAGAAACUACUCGGACGGCAUUGUGGGGCUGCAUGAAGAGAUAAAGGACUUUUAUGAGUACAUAUCUCCUCGUCCAGAGGAGGAGCAAAUGAGGCAUGAGGUGGUGGCCAGGAUCCAGAGAGUCAUCAAGGACUUGUGGCCCAAUGCUGAGGUUAGUGUGUUUGGGAGCUUCAGCACCGGCUUGUAUUUGCCAACAAGUGAUAUAGACUUGGUGGUGUUUGGUAACUGGGAGACUUUACCUCUCUGGACUCUGGAAGAUGCGCUACGCAAGAGAAAAGUUGCAGAUGAAAACUCUAUCAAAGUCCUGGACAAAGCAACGGUUCCCAUUAUUAAGUUGAUGGACUCACACACGGAGGUAAAAGUGGACAUCAGCUUUAAUGUACAGAGUGGUGUAAAAGCUGCAAACCUCAUCAAGGACUACAAGCAGCAAUAUCCUGUGUUACCGUACCUGGUGCUGGUUUUAAAGCAGUUUUUACUGCAGAGAGAGCUGAAUGAGGUUUUCACAGGAGGAAUCGGAUCAUACAGUCUGUUUCUCAUGGCUGUCAGCUUCUUACAGCUGCACUGUAGAGAGAACGUGAGCAGCUCAAACCCAAACCUGGGUGUACUGCUGAUUGAGUUUUUUGAGCUCUAUGGACGGCAUUUUAACUAUCUGAAGACAGGCAUCAGAAUCAAAGACGGAGGCUCAUAUGUGGCCAAAGAUGAAGUGCAGAAAGGCAUGCUGGAUGGCUACAGACCCUCUAUGCUUUACAUCGAAGAUCCUUUGCAGCCAGGAAAUGACGUCGGGCGAAGUUCAUAUGGGGCAAUGCAGGUGAAAGAGGCUUUUGAUUACGCAUAUGUCAUUUUAAGUCAUGCCGUAUCCCCAAUUGCCAAGUACUACCCCAACAACAAGUCAGAAAGUAUUCUGGGUCGAAUAAUCCGCGUCACACAGGAGGUGGUGGAGUACCGUGACUGGAUCAGUGCGCAGUGGGGUCAGAAGAGCAGCAAGGAGCCCGUCCUCAACGGUAAUGCCAAUGAUCUCACACUGCUGGUUGAGCGCGAGGAGCUUGAUGAGUGUAAUAAUAACCUUUCAGGGGACAGUGUGGUGUGUACGUCUGUCCCCCGCAGCAAAGUGUCCUCCAACUCCUCGUCUCCAUCCCCUUCUUCUCCUUCAUCACCAUUAUCAUCCUCUUCUUCCCCAUCUUCAACGGCCUCUAGCUCAAGCGAUGCGGACUCUGAUGGGACUCCCUAUAAGACAGCCAAAGCUUUGGGUGGAAGGAGUACUGUCUCCUACAGUGAGAAUACAGAAAGGAUCUCCAAUCACAGAUCACAAAAUCAUUCAGCAUCUAUUUCCACCCCCACUCAUAAGGGCAAUAAGAGCCGGCAGCUCGCUAACAAAAGUACUCAAGGGCCGCACAACAACCCCAACAAGAUCCAGCAGAGCAGCAAAUCCGUGAAGUCCAAUGUAAAGAAGAGGAAGCCUCAGCGGGACGCAGCACAUGAGGACCUGUGCAGAUAGGAGCAGCGCUGAAGCUCUGCUGCUGCUCUUAGCAUUCAUCUCUCCUGUCCCGCUGUUCACGGGAUGCGUCUGACUUAGUAGCUGGAAAAGGAAAAGAACAAAAAAAUAAUAAUAAGAGUAAUUGAAUUGGGGCGGCAGGGCCAUUGGAUUGGAAAUCAUGCAGGAGAGUUUAGGCCUGAACUUCACUGGCUUUCUGCACAGCUUCUGCUCACUGCCUAUAGAGGAGCUGCACUGCUCCACUGGAGGACCAGAGAAUGUAGACCAGAGAAACUAUUCAACUCCAGCAAUAUCUGAAGAGCCCUGGACUUUAGCCUUGUGGAGGAAAACUGAAAUAAAAAACAAGACUCAAAUUAUAAAAAAAGUUCUAUUGAAAAGAUUUUUAAAUGUCUAAAAAAACAUGAACAUGUAAUUAGUACAAGAGGAAUUAUGCAUGUUUUUUUUUUCUUUUUUGAAGAGUGGUUCUUUUUUCAUGUCAUGUAAGCAGAUUCUAAAAAUAUUUGUACAAGAAAAAACAACAAAAGGAUACAAAAAAAAAUAUUUACAAAGAAAAAUCCCCCAAAAAUAUGAUCAAAUGGUUUCGUAAUACUUUUUAUAGUACUGUUCAAAUUUUGCCAUGCUCUAAAUACAAAGCUCCUACAGCUUAUAUGUACGGGUUUGGGUUCAAUUGCCAACUUUUCCCAUCAUCAGCCUCUCCUGCUGUUGUGUUGUCAGUGUAAUGUUGUGGUCAGGCAGCGGAAGAGUGUUUGCACAUCUGGAAACACGCACAGAUUUGUGAAAGAGGAGUAAAGUGUAUCCAUGUGGAAAUAUGACGAACACUACAGCUGUGGCUUUCAGACUGUUUCUCUCAAUGAUCUGCCCAUCACAGAAGAAGUUGUAUUUGUUAAUGUAUUUAUUUUUAUCAGUGACAGUGGAUUUCUAUAUGCUGACUCGAGCGGUCAGAGAUGUUUUUGUGUUCUGUCUUAUGGGCUGAGUGGCAAAACAUGAUUGUUGCUUGUCAUGUAGUGUGCUAUAUAUAGAAAUGGUUUUUUUUCCUUGAAUGUCAACUACCCGUUUUCUGAUUACAACUGAGUGACCAAGUUUAUUUCUGAGAGUACUAUUUUAACAGAUAAAGGUGGUUUAAAUAUUUUAAUUUGUGGCUGGCCUACGUAAAGGGAGAUGAGGUGAAUUGUUAUUAUUAUUUUUGUGUGAUUUAUUUUUUAUUUUUGUUUUAUUUUGUCUUUAUUUAAUUUAAUUUUAUUUUCCUUCAUUCCACUGGAUCUCGAUGUAUUGAGCAACAAUGCCUGUUCUCUCAAAAUUGACGUUGCAAUUCUUCAGAUAAACAGCAGGUGGUGGUGUAACCCAAGGUUAUUUCACACACUGUAAUUCCCCUGUGACUUGACUUUUGUUUAGUUUUUUUAAGAAAGAUUUGUUUAGUUAGAUUUGCUCACAGAUCUCUGGUGUAAGUUUAAGAGAGACGAUGGCUUUUGAUGAGAUGAUAUUAGUUGCUCCACCUGUAUUGAGUGUUUAUGAUGCUAUUAUGGAGUAUCAAAGCCAGCAGUUUGUCUGAAAAGCCAGAUAUGGAUGUCACUGAAAUAGAAUGAGAGAAAUGCAAUUGAAGGAUCAUUAGUGCCACAGCCAGUGCUUCACACAGGUUUACUUCAUGUAUCCAUGAUCAUCCAUGCAAUAAAAAUUACAGCACAACUAUCCAGCAUACUAUUCCGUGCAAUUUCUGCUCAACCUUCCUAUUCGCUUCUGAUAAAGUGUACUAAAAAUGUAUACUACAUUUCCUUUUAAAGAUAUGCUGCUUGAAAUGGGCAUAACUAAAAGCCGGUUGCAGAGCUGAGCUAAUGUAAAGUACUGUAUAGUCAACUUGUACUUCAGAAUUCAACUUAAUGCACAUUUUUAAUCAUUUUGUGAGAGACUAGAUGUAUCGCAGUUUACAUAAUAUAUUCAGAUUUUACUUGUCUUCAUUGAUUUGAUUGAUUUAGAUUCAGGGCAGUUAAAAUUUCAUUUUAACAAUGACAUUUUCCAAUAGAAAACAUUCGCUAUCUCAUGUUAAGUUGAGCUUAUUUUCCUCACUACUGAAGAUUUAAUGCAAGUGCACCAGGUUUAGCAUUGAGUGAGUCCAAAUCGUUCACAUGUAUUAAUUUGGCAGACGCUGUUGUCCAAUGCGACUUACAAUUGAGAACUGACUUACACUAUAAAUCAGUUAAAAUCCCACUUGUAACUGCUUUUUGAAUGUUGGAGUUGCAUCACCCAUUGCUGAAUAACUAAGCAUUUGUCUAGGUCGCUCUAAAGCCAUGGUCUCAAACUCUAUUCCUGGAGGGCUGCAGGUCUGCAUAGUUUAUCUCCAACUCGCACCAGCUUAAUAGUCUCUAGUAGUCUAAAACACCUUCAUUAUUUGGAUGAGCUGUGUUAGAUUAGGGUUGAAGCAAAACUGUGCAGUGUUUCAGCCCUCCAGGAAUUGAGUUUGAGACCAUUGCUCAACAGACUUUGACGUCUAUUUUAUUCUCAUCUCUAUUGUCUCUGGCAUGCCAAUGGAGUCAUACUCUGGUUUUUAUGUGGUCUGUGAUUUGUAUAUAUAGAUAUGGAGAUAAUGUUGCAGUGGUUUGGAAUCAAUUGUGAGCAGUCAUUUCACUCUACGUAAACAGAAUAACCAAAUAAUCAAAAAAAGGAGGCAAAUAUACUGUUUAAUUAUACUUUUUUGUACAUUUCCUACUUGUAGUGCCUGUCUGAAGUGUAGGCUUUACUUCCAGCUGAUUCACUGAUAUGCACAAAGCACACAAUUGCAGCAUUUAUUGACUUUUCAUUAGUCACGUCUAUGUUAAAUCUGGAAAUCCCCAAAAUGAACGAAUAUUGAAUAUGCAUAAACAAUUCUAUAUAUAUAUUUUAUUAUUUUUAUAUAAUAUUUCAUGGUUAAUCUUUAUUUUGGAAAGAAAUUGUCUUGAGUCAUUGUUUGAGACUGUCACUCAUAUUAUAAUAGGCUACUAUUAAGACGACAUGUUUUGUAUGUUUUUGUGAGAAUGGAAAGGGAAUAAAGCUCAAUUUUGAACUCAAUCAGAAGGAAUCUCUGUAUCUACAAUAAAAAGGCACUUUAAACAAGA